CUUUCUUUUAGGACAUUAUUUUCUGUUGAGUCAUUUUUCCCUUUUUUUUUUUUUUUGUUGUUUGUUCGAGAAAAUAGCGACAAGAGAGAAUGAGGAAUCAGAAAACGGGAAUUUUGAAUUUCCAACGUGAGGACACAAGUUUCGAUCUUUGAAGUGUCUUCUUGCCUCUCCAAUUUUCUUCAGGUGAGCUCCAAUUUACAUUCGCCGUUGGAUUCUGAUCACUUCCGACGAAAUUCUCCGGCUACUUUUUUCCCCGGGGGUAUUUAAGAAAUUCUCCCAUCUCGAUCUGGGUUUCUGAGAAGUUGCAAGUUUUGCUUCUGCGAUUCAUCGGAAGAUAGAUAUAGGUUGGGUUUUAGAUGAUUUCGGUGAGCAGCAGCGAUGCAAGAAGCGAAAUAGGGUUAGGGUUUGGUGGGAUAGAAGAAGGGAUGAUGGAGGAGGAGAGCGACUUUGAGGAAGAAAGCACACAUUCUUAUGUUUCUUGCGUUGACCCUGACGUUGCUCUCUCUUAUAUUGAUGAGAAGCUGGAGAACGUAUUGGGACAUUUCCAGAAGGAUUUUGAAGGUGGGGUUUCAGCUGAAAAUCUGGGUGCAAAGUAUGGUGGCUAUGGUUCUUUUUUGUCUAUGUAUCAGAGAUCUCCUGCUUGUAAGAGUCCACCACAAGCUCCAAACCAAGUGGUUGGUCGAUCUAAUUGCUCAGCUUCAUCGCUUGUACCUGAGGUAUCAGUAUCUGGAUCCACUUCAGGAGCUCCUGCUUCAGAUGUUUUGGUCAAAUUGAAAAAGUUGGUCAAAUCAAGUCAUAUAGGGACACCUGAUAGCAAACAAUUAUCUCUCACCAAAACUUCUGCUUCUGCUCCAUCUAAUCAAAAGACUCUCAGACUCCGUAUAAAAGUUGGUUCAAGCGACCUCUCGUCGCUGAAAAGCGUUCCAAACCAAAAUGGUAACCAAUGUCUCAAUAUGCCACCAUCAACAUCCCGAGUUGAGGAAGGGUUACUGUAUGGGAUUCAUGAUUCGCCCACUAAAAUUCUUAUGGCUAUGGUGUCAUUCCCCUUGCAUAAAGAUCAGCUGUUAUCACCUCUCUCUGAUGAUCUUAUUCAGUUGGGAAAGAACGAAAAGCUUAUGAAAGAUUCUGCAUACGUUUCUGUCAACAAGUCAGACUCAAAAGGUAAACACGAUGGUUUGGGUGCUUCUGAUGCACAAAAGGCUGCUGGGACGAAGGAAAAGUUUAAGGAGAGGGUAAAGUAUAUGCCACCAUCAAACAGGCUUGGCGGAAAUCAUAUUGUAUCUGAUACUGAAAGAGAGAUUGAUAAACAGUCAUGUGAGGAGCUUGUUUCCAAGACUCUGAAGCUUCCGCUUUUGUCCUGUCUAUCACCGCCAUAUAUCCACCCGGCAAAAGAGAUUAAUAAAAUAUCAGAUUCUCAUGUGGAGGACGUCGAGGUUGGAUUAAGAGGAACGAACAACACUGGCCUAGAUGCAGCUUUGGUGGGUUCAAAGCCUGAACUGGAAGAUAAUGUAGUGGCGUCUCCAGAUCGAACUGUUAAGGAAACUGAAAGUGUUGACACAAGAAAAGACGUGUACCUGACAGAAGGUGAAACACUAAACUCGUUGGAAGGUAAAUCAAAGCGAGAGAAAGCUUCAAGUUUCGAACAUGUAGAUCAUUCUUUUGUGAAUAAGGUUAGUAAGAGUGAAGAGCAAAUUUUGAAGUCGAAACUGCCUAAAGCACAGAAACCACAAAAAAGUUCAAGCAAGAAUAGUUUGAGAGGCAAGGAUGCUGCUGUAAGUAUAAGUAAUACGAAUUUGCCAGAUAAAUGUCAGGAAGAUAUUGGAGGAUCCGAAGAUGUGUAUGAUGGUGGUUCAGGAGAAUCAAAACAAAAAAAACAAAGUAGUCCUGUUCUUAGAGCUAAGAAAGAAAAGCUUUCAGAAGAAAAUGCAAUGAAGGAGAGUUUCAACAGUGUUAGAAAUGAUGAAGAGGCAUGUAACGAAGAUAGGCACAACACUAAGCAGAGUGUAAAGUGGGAAGUGAAAAAGCAUUCUGUUGAAGGAGGAAUGGAGAAUCUCGAACCUGAAAGAGAACUUUCUGGGACUUGUAAGAAACCGAAGACUGGGAAAUCACGAUUUUCUGCUGUAGAUCAACCUGAAUCCAACAAAAUUCUGGAUGCUGUUAACAAAUCUACGAUUGCGGAAGCCUCAGCACAAAAAGUGAAGAAUACUGCUAAGGCUUCCUCGCAUGAUGGAUACGAUGACAGAAAGAGGAAACAGAAGGAAAAUACAGAAAGUGGGGAUUGUAUGAGACUUAGAGAAGCCGCAGUAACGGAGUCAAGUGGAGAGAAAGUUAGAAAGAGAAAGAGGCUUAAGGGUUCAAGUUGUGAUGGAAAGGAGCUGCCUUUUAGUAGUGAAAGUUGUGAUAAGGACAGAGGAGUUGUUGGUCAGGAAAAUGGUAGAGAUAGUGCUUCUCAUCCACCUUUUACGGCGUCUUCUCCAAGUUUAUUAUGUAAAGAUUUGGGCUCUGAAAUGAUCAAAACUAAUGUCCACGAAGCCAAAGGUUCGCUAGAUGAAUCACUAUCUCCUUCUGCAUUAGACCCACGUGAGCUUAAAUCUGGAAGAAUCUCAGAUAGGGAUGAACACCAUGAUACUAACUCUAGUGCUGGUGAUUUAAAAAGAUGUCGAGAUGGUGAAGGUUAUAGCACUAUCGAUAAACCAAGGACAACAAAGAAGGCUGCAGAGAUUUCCAAGAAUAAUAAUCUGCUCACUACAGGGCAAGCCACACACUCAUGGGAUAAAGACAGAGCAGACGGUGAGAACUGUUCCACGGAAAAUUAUAAACCAAAGAAGUCAGGGAGAUAUUCUGGUGACAGUUGCACAGACGGUGAAUCUCAACGAAAGAAUAAGGAAAGGGGGUCAUCCACGCCGUUGAAAGAGAUUAGCAGGGUUACGGUAAAUGAAGUGCAAGAUCUUGGCACUGCUGUUGAAGUAAAAACAAAAGAAAGCAGAAGCAAGAAAAGACCUGCUAGAAAAGUGUCUACGGAGAGUAAUAAAGAAGGCUCAAGGGAAUAUCAAGAUCCUAAUACUAAGCUAGAUAUGAAUGGUAGUCAUUUUUCUUCUCCACAGAAAUCGGAUAGAGCAAAAUCUUCUUGUGAGAAAAGUAACCACUUGGAAGUGACCGCUGAGAAAUUAAAGAAUAAAUCAGCUCCAUCUGCUGGCACAGAUCAAGUUGAAGUCAAUGAGGUAUCAACUACAAAGAAACAGAUAAUGAGAAGUGAUAAUCACAGUGUGACCCACGAUGUAGGUUCACGAAACCAAAAGCAAAAUGGAAGUGCGCACAAGGAUCCUAUUGGCUCAAGUCCUUUGAAAAAGGAUUCCACGACUCAGGCUGUUUCCAACUCAAUCAAAGAGGCUACAGCCUUGAAACACAUGGCUGAUCGUCUUAAGAAUGGUGGGUCCGAUCACGAGAGCACUGGUGUUUACUUUCAGGCAGCGCUAAAGUUUCUUCAUGGUGCCUCCCUUUUGGAGUCCUCUGGCACUGAGCAUGCCACGAAUAAGAGUAUUGCCAGAUCCAGGCAUAUUUAUGGCAGCACAGCAAAACUCUGCGAGUUCUGUGCUCAUGAAUAUGAGAAAAAUAGAGAUAUGGGGGCUGCUGCUCUGGCUUAUAAGUGUAUGGAAAUAGCUUAUCUAAGGAUAACUUAUUCUUCCCAGGGAAAUAUAAGCAGAUACAGAUAUGAGUUGCAAGCAGCUCUGCAAGUGAUUCCUUCAGGCGAGUCUCCUUCCUUUGCCUCUGAUGGUGAAAAUUCAAAUCACACAUUAGCUGCGGAAAAGGUUGCCUUGUCAAACACUGUGAGAUCAUCCCCUAGAGGAACCGGAAAUCAUGUUCUCUCUUCAGGAAACAAUUCCUCCCUUUCACAGCUUUUGGCAUUUUCACAAAACGUAAGCUUUGCUAUGGAUGCAUCAAGAAAAGCACAGAUCGCACUUGCAUCUGCUAAGGGAAAGUCGUCUGAUACACGAUACAGUAGUGAUGGCAUAACAUCCAUCAAAAAGGCUCUUGAUUUCAGUUUUCAGGACAUGGAGAAAUUGUUGCAUGUGGUGAGGCUUGCAAUGGAAUCCAUAAACCGGUGACUUUGAAUUAUGACCCCACCCUGUAAAAGUAAGUUUUAAUCUCACUUGCCAUACCAUACCAUACUCAGAGAGAGAAGACAAGAGUAGGAAAAGCGACCUUUGAGUUUUGCUUGGAAAAUUGAAGACAAGAGUCUAUUAAAUUUGUUUGUUGUUUUACUUUUUUCAAAGCAUAUAGUGUUAGGACCUUAUUUGUAAGACUUGCUGGAAGACUAAAGAUUUAAAGUGUUACAUUUUGUGUGUAAUGUUGUACAUAUAUUUAUAUAUAUAUAUAAAAAAUCUUUAGGAAGAGGUUAACAAUU